AUGGGUAAUUGUAAUUAGAAUAACUAAAUAAUCUUAUUGAGUGGAAAGUUGAAACAGAUGAAAUUAUUAAUAGAAAGGGGUGAUUAUACAAUAUAUGAACAUAUUUCGGAAAAGAAACAAUAUGAAUAUUGGGUUUGGAAAUCAGAAUAGGAAAAUUUUGAAGAAGCAGAAUUGACUACUUAUGAUUUUAAGUAAUGUGAUUCAAUAACAAAAAUAUAUUAUUAAUCAAGAGGUUGUGUAGUAGAUACAUUUAAAAAUGAAUAUUUAUUUGCUAUUUUAAUGGAACAUCCUACUUAUAAUUUAUAUGAUUAUUUGGAUAAAAAAAAAAUACUCUAUAAAAAUUAGAUUGUAAAUAUGGUUGCAAAUAUAUUUGGAGCAUAAAGAACAUUAAGAAGUAGUUGCUAGUAUUUAGGAUUUUAUAAUAUAUAUACGACAGAUGGAGAGAGUUGGAAAUUGAAGCCUUUUUAAAAAGUAACUUCUUUUAUUCUCAAUAAUAAUUAAUUUUUUGGGUAUCCUGCUCCAGAAGAGUAUAAAUAAAUUAAAUAUAAUGUUGAAAAAGCUACAGUUUUUGGUUUUGGAAUGUUAAUAUUGCAUUUGAUAUUAAGUGAUAAUUAAAAUUUUAUAUUUUAGAAAAAAGUGUUGAAGAUGUAUACUAUAAUUCAAAUAUUGCUGAGAAUGUUUUAAGUUAAAAGAUUAUAGAAUUAUAAUAAAAUAAGAAUUAUGAAUAAGAUUUUUUAAAAAUAAUUAUUUAAAUGUUGAUUAUUGAUCCAGAUUAGAGACCUAAUUAUAAUUAAUUAGUAGAUUAAUUAACUAAAAUUAAUAUUGAGUUACCAUCUCAAUAAUUAUCAAAUCUAUAUAAAAUACAACAUAUAAAUUUUAAUAAUGAAAAUAAUAGUGUGAUUUCAGAUUGUUUGGUAUCAGUUCCAUUAGAUAAGUAAGAUUAUCUAAUCAAAUUACUUAAUUCAUAAUAGUAAUAAUAAUAGUAAUAAUAAUAGUAAUAAUAAUAGUAAUAAUAUUAGUAAUAAUAAUAAUGUUAAAGAAUAGAUGAGGAUGAGAAAGAAUCAUUAGGUAAUUAUUAUAUAUCUAUAAUGAAGAAUCUUUUAUCUCACAAGGUAUCUAAUAAAGAAAUGGAUAUUCUAUUAUUAAUUAUAAUAAAUUUAUUAAAUUGGAUAAAGCAUAUGAUUAUCAUGAUUUUACAAAUGUAAUGAUGUAUGCAAUCAAGUAUUAAGGAAAUAUCAAAGAUUCAAAGUAUUUAUUUAUUUAAAUAAAAAGAAAAAAUGGUUCAGGAACACUGUAUUUAUCAAAUAAUGAAAUAUUUUAAGGAAACUUUAUAAAUGAUAAGAUUGAAGGUGAAGGAAGAUUUUAAACAAUUGAUAAAUAUAUUAUAAGAGGUGUAUGGAAAUAGCAAAAACUUUAAUAAAAAAACUAAAUUACUAAAGUUCGACCAAUUUUUUAGGAGAAAUAAAUUUUAAGUGCUAGACGUUAAUUAAAUAAAUAAUAUAGUCAAAAUGAAUUUAAUAAUAUACCUGAAGAGUUUUUAGGUUAAUAGAAAGAACAUUAAAUAGGUGAAUUAACUACAUUUACAAAUCUUUAGAAUGAAUUUAUUAAUCAAAUUAAUUAUCAUUCUACUGAAGAUUUAAAUGAUCGUAGAUAAGGUAAAUUGAUUAUAUAAUUUUAGGUUAUAUAUUAAAUGAAAAUGGAAUGGUAAUAUAUGCAGGAUUAUUUCGUGGUAAUUAAUAUGAUGGGAAUGGAGUUCUAAAAAACUUUAAUUCUUAAAUUAUUAAUAUGGUUAAUCCUUUGGAUUUUAAUUAAGCAUUAAGUUUGAAUGCAUGGGUUAAAUAUGAUGGAGAAUUCAAAGAUGGAAAGUAAAUCAUAAUUAUAAUUAAGUAGAAAACAUGGAAAUGGCAAAUUAUAUUUUAGUGAUAAGAGCGUUUAUUCAGGACAUUUUGAAAAUGAUUAAAUUUCUGGUUAGGGAUAAUUUACUAAUUUAUAAUAAUAAGUAAUCUUAGGUAUAUGGAGAAAUGGAUUAUAUCAAAAUGCUAUUUUAUGA